CGACGCCGAUUGUCAAGCAUUUAAUCAACAUUGAAAGUAGAAUGAUUACCGACACACGUGUGUUUAUUAUUUUUUCAAGAGAUGGGUAAAAAGAACUUCAAAAAGAAACCAGGUGCCUCACUUGUGGAAAGAAAAAAGAAACUGCAGGAAGCAAGAAAAGAGCUGGCAACAUCCUCAGCAGCCAAGAAGGAUUCACAGUACAGUGUGGACCAAUUAUUAGACAAGGUAGAUGAAUACAUUGAUAGUUUCCAAUAUGAACUGGCUCAGAAAUUCUGCCAGCGAGCUUUGGAGAUUGAACCAGACAACAUGAGAGCUCUAGAAACAGCAGGAAGUUUGCUCCUGGAACUGGGAAACACUGAGGCUGCAAAGCAGUGUUUUGGUCGAGCAGUGGAGAUCCAACCAGACACUGGACACAGUAAAUACAUGUAUCUGGGACAGCUGUUUGAAGGGACAGAGGCCAUUCAUUGCUUCCAGAAGGGAAUAGAAUUAAUGGUCAAAGAAAGAGAGGCACAGAGUGCUCAAGAGUUAGCUUCAGCUUGUGGUGGAGGGGAGAAGGUCAGUGAGAGGGACAUCUCAAGUGCGUACUGUUCCGUGGCAGAAAUCUACAUGACGGACUGUUGUGAUGAACCUGAUGCAGAAUCUCGAUGUGAGGAGGCUAUAAACAAGGCUAUUGAAACUGAUGGUGAGAAUCCGGAGGCAUAUCAACUGAAGGCCAGCUUCUGUCUAGUCAAAGAAAACAAACAGGAUGCUUUAAGCAUGAUUAAAAAGAGUGUGUCACUAUGGUUACCGAAAUAUGAAGCAGUGGAUCAAGGAAAUGUAGCAGAAGACGAGAGUGACCCUGUGGAAGUGGUGUCCCUUUCUUAUGAUGCUAGAGUAUCAGCAGCCAAGAUCUUAACUGAAGUGGAAGAGUACGAGACUGCAGUGACAGUGUUAGGAGGUUUACUUGAUGAAAAUGAAGACGAUCCUCAGCUUUGGUACAUGAUUGGAUGGGCUAACUAUCUACAGGAUGAAGAGUAUAAAGCAAAUGCCAGAUUUUAUCUUCAGAAAUGCAAAGAGGUAUACAUUAAGACAAAAUAUGAAGAUGAGGGGAUACUAAAACACACAGAAGAAUUACUGGAGGCACUUGGUCCAGGAGAUGAGGAGGAGGAGGAGAAGGAGGAGGAUGGUGCUGAAGACUUAGAAAUUGACAGUGACUCUGAAAGUGACAGUGAAAAAAAUAAUGAAAGUGAAACUAAAAUGGAACUAUAAAUAAAAGUAUUUUGCUUAUCAAAGAUGCUCAACAUGCUUAAUAUACAGGUAUAAUAGAUUGCACCAAACAGCUGAAAGCUGUACGGAGAUAUAAACCAAACGAUUGGUCCACGAAUUGAUUUGCAGAAAUAGGUUUAUCUUUACAGAGGGGAAUGAGAAGCUGUGAAUACCAUUUCUCAGUAGUUAAUUGUAAAUAUAUAUAUUUAAUUAUCUCUUCCCUUGCCCCUCUUUGGGGAGACAUUGUUUUUGUCCUGUCCAUCUGUCUGUUGGUGCUCACAAACUUUUAAAUGGGCAUUUUGUCCUUAUAGUACUAACUGUAGUCAUGCAAAACUUUUUAAAAAGAAUAAAUUUUUGAGAUUUUCCAUAUUUGAUCUACAACUUGGCUGCAAUAAUGUAGCACUCUCAGAUUUUUUUUUAUUCUGAUGUUUCGGAGAGGGCUACAUUAUUGCAUUUAUGCAUAACUUAGUCAUUUUCAUAAAUGGGGGUUGUGAAUGCAGGUUCUGCUACAGUUAAAUUAGAUUGGAAUGACACUUAAAAGAGAUGUUUUGUAAUGAGUACAGGUGUAAAGGACAGGGUUAGGGUUAGAAAAUCAGUUUUUAGGAUUUCUGGUAGUGAUAUAUGAAGGUGUUUGUGAAUGCAAUUUCUGCUACAUUUCAUAUCAGUUUGGCAUGAAAUGUGACAGACAUAUUUUAUUGGGACUUGCUAAUAAAUAUACAGAAUAAGGAAAGGAGGAUAUGUUUUUGCAUAAAAAAACCCCAAAAAACAACCAAACAAACAAAACACAAACCACUGGUAUUAUGGUGACUAUUUUCACAUUUGAAUGUUACUUUUAUUAUUUUCAAUAAAUGUGAUAAAAUGCCA